UGCUAUCAUAUAAAACAUUGCAAAUACUGGAAGUAGUGUUAGAUCAGUAAAUCUCCAACUAAACUCUUGGAAUUUUCUCUCUACCAAUCAACAGCUAUGGCUUCUUCUCUAGCUCUCAAGAGGCUCGUCUCAUCGAACAUCCUCCCAAGCUCCUUGCGCGUGCUCCGCCCAAUCGUCACCGCUCCGUCCGCUUCCAGAGUCUCCAACACCAACGCCGCGCGUGAAGAUGUGUUUGAUCCUCUCUCUCCAACAAGGAGCCCGAACCAAGCCGUGAACAUUAGGGAUCAAUUCAUGCAGAACCAGUUCCUCUCCGCUUCCCGUGGCAUGGCAACGCUUGCGAAAGGCGAGGGGGAAGCCAGCGAGCCUAAAAAUAUCCUUCGCCCCCUAUCUCCUCAUCUUCCUGUUUACAAGCCACAGCUUAAUGCGACGCUUUCGAUUACCAAUAGAAUCUCCGGGGCUUUCCUAACCACCGUGCUUCUGUUUUCUUAUCUUCUUUCUCUGAAAAUGGGUUCGGUUUGCUUAACCUAUUCGAGUUUCUACCAGUUCUUCUUUUAUUCAGCAAAGCUUUUCCUAGUGUCCGCCUCAGUCUCUGCCUUAGCCCUGUCCUACCACACGUAUUAUGGGAUACGUCAUUUAUUGAUGGAUCUACUCAAAGUGGGCGUUCCCAAGGUCAAGUGAGGAGGAGUGGAAUGAUUUGAUGCAGCUUCAACUCGACCGUUCUGCUGAACGAGGUGGUUUUUCUUUGAUUUGGGCCUUUCUGGCUUGGGAUACCGACUUUGUGUGGGGGAAAAUAACGGCUGAGAGGAUAGCAUGAAAAACUGUUGCUGCUCUUUUUUCUUUGGUUGAAUAAAUGAAUGUUUGUUAAUAUGUUGAACCUUCAAAACCCUGUUGAAGCUAAAAACUUCUUUGAACUUGUUAAUAUAGGGAUCUGUGUUGAAUUAGUGAUCUCAAGUGAACAAGGUUUAGCAUUCUGUUUA